GACGGCUUCCGAACUGAGUGGGGGGAUACUUUAAAAUAUUCUCAUCAACAUGUUAUUAUUUUUAUUGCACAAAUGUGAUUCCAAUGCCAGAAAUAUACCUCUUUCAAACUUUCGCAUGUUUCGACGAAAGUGUAGUACCAAUUCCGACAAGUAUACGGCAUGAUAUCUUCAAACAACACUACAAGGAUGAUCGAGACAGACGGAAGGAGAAGCUCCAAUAAAGGACUGAAAGUGGAUCUAUAAAAGAUAAAGAAGCAUGGCAUAGUUUGGUUGGAGUUGCGAUAGUUCAGACGAAGUGAAUUGGCACAGCGACCGCGGACGGCAGCGGCCACAGCGACAUUGACGGGAGAGGGCACAGCGACAUUGACGGGAGAGGGCACAGCGUCAAUGACGGGAGCGGCCACAACGACAUUGACGGGAGUGGCCACAGCGACAUUGACGGGAGUGGCCACAGCGUCAAUGACGGGAGAGGGCACAGCGUCAAUGACGGGAGCGGCCACAACGACAUUGACGGGAGUGGCCACAGCGUCAAUGACGGGAGAGGGCACAGCGACAUUGACGGGAGUGGGCACAGCGACAUUGACGGGAGAGGGCACAGCGACAUUGAUGGGAGAGGGCACAGCGACAUUGACGGGAGAGGGCACAGCGACAUUGACGGGAGAGGGCACAGCGUCAAUGACGGGAGAGGGCACAGCGUCAAUGACGGGAAGACAAGAGUAUGGGAAUUGUGGCGGAUAGUGCGGUAAAAAAGACGGAAAGAGAAAUUGCCUUUGGAGGUAUGUAUAAACCGUUAGAUUUCAGCAGUCCAAGGUCGUUACAACGGUGGGAAAGGUAGGUAUUGUAAGUAAUCAUUUACAUAGAUACAAAUAGUGCUAGGUGUCUUGUUAUAAUGUGUAUUUAAUAUGCUUCAGUGAAACAACAACAAAAACAGCCAUACAGACAACAGAAACAAUUACAACCAUUGAGCCUACAACUACAGCCACUGAACAUACACAAACAACGACCACAACCUAUGAACUCACUUUACAUUUAAUACAUAUGUCAACUAUUUCACUAAUACAAUAAUACAAAUAUUUUACUAAUACAACUAGUUCACUAAUACAACUAUUUCACUGAUAUAACCAUUUUACUAAUAUAACUAUUUCACUGAUAUAACUACAUGUAUUUCACUAAUACAACCAACUAUUUUACUAAUAUAACUAUUUCACAAACAGCGACGGAAGGUACACGUAAGUAAUUGAUAUAUUGCCUGCUUUAUCUAUCAUGCCAAUUAACCAGCGAGUGGGUUUUCCCGUGACUAACUCUUGUAACCUGUUUAUUUAUGUAUUUGUUUCUAUGUAUAUAACUAUAUCUGUACUACUAAUGACUAAUGAGAUCAGUCACCGAUCAUCAAAUGUGUCGGCCUGAAAUUCAUUUUUGUAUGUAACAUUCUUUUUCAGCUGAAACAACGACCGAUUUAUCAACAGAGCAAACAUCUCCUGCAACCACAACUACUUCACUGACGACCACCACAACCACGCCUUCAACAACUACAAUAACGACACCUACAACCACAACUACUACACCUACAACUACCUCUACUACACCUUCAACUACCUCUACUACACCUACAACCACAA